GACAUGCAGUGAGCCGGAAGACGAGGCAGAGCGCUGCCAUGAUGGUUGCAUCUAUGUGGAAUGAGUGGCAGGACUCUCGGCGACCGGAAGAGUGAGGCCGGGAGGUAUGGGUUGGGCGCCGCCAUGUCAACCUGACACCGGAAAAGGCGGGUCUCUUCUCUCUGAUCGGCCUGAACUCGCCUGGAGAUGCAGGCAGCUCUGGAAGUCACUGCUCGAUACUGCAGCCGGGAGCUGGAUCAGUAUGGCCAGUGUGUGGCCGCCAAGCCAGAGUCCUGGCAUCGGGACUGUCACCACCUUAAGAUGAGCAUUGCUCGCUGCACAUCCUCCCACCCCAUCAUCCGCCAGAUUCGCCAGGCCUGUGCUGAACCGUUUGAAGCCUUUGAGGAGUGCCUUCGCUUGAAUGAGGCGGCAGUUGGCAACUGUGCGGAACACAUGCGCCGCUUCCUGCAGUGUGCUGAGCAGGUGCAGCCACCAAGUUCGCCCACACCUGGAGAGACGCAGCCUCUUCCUGCCUCCUGAAGACCCCCAUGGACCCUGAGGAAACUGGACACGACUGACUCCACUUGAUGUCCUCAUCUAGAAGAAGGACAUUUUGGAGUCCUAAGGGCUCUGGUGUGGGUCUGACCUUCCUGGACUCCGGAACUCUAAAUAAAUAAAGACUGAGUACUGGACUUUGGUUCCAGCCUAUAGCAUUGAAGGGAGCAGGCGUUAGGAGAGCUGGAGGAAACUUGGUCACCCACCCACAGCUUUACCUGGUCUGCCAAGUAAGAGCUCAGGAGGGGCCAAGGUGCUCCUGUUCUAGGCUUGGGUUUACAAACAGCCAUUCCCUGUGCCCGCUGUAUGUGUGCUGGGGCAAGGCUUCCCUCCCACCCACGCUCACCAGAUUGGUUUUGUUUUUUGUUUUUUUUUAAGUCUAGGCAGUACUGAAGCUCAUUAUGUAUGCCAAACUGGAUUCAGGCUCACAGCAAUCUUCCUGAGUGCUAGGGUGAGCCACCAUGCCCAGCUUCCUUCCUUCUGGAACAGCCACGACCUCACACAUGCCCGUCAAUAUGCCGUACCUUCCGCUUGUGCCCUGAGCCUGCAUUCGGUACAUCUUUAUACCAUUUUCUUGAGGCUUGUGGGAGGAGCAGCAAACAGCCCAUCUUUUCCACUGCUGAGUCAGGACCAGCUGCUUGGGCAGUGGAGGUAAAAAUUCUGGCCUUGUUAUUGAAAACAACUGUGUAGAGGCAGAAGCAAGGCCUGAGAAUUAGAAGUUCAAGGUCAUCCACUGCUAUAUAGUUUGGGGCCAGACUAGGCCACCUGAAGCCCUAGUUAGAUCAAUUUUAAAAACUGAAAAGUGGGAAAGGACAUGGCUCGGAAGCAUCCUUCACCAGAGUUUGGUUUGCCUUGAUUAGCAAUUGCCAGAAGCCAGGUCUCACAAUGGGGCGCUGAUAGUAUAUUCUCAGUUUGCGUCCAGAGACACUGGCAGGAGUGGGAAAGGGAGACAAGAAGACAGCCACUAAAAAGUGCGUGACCAGAGCGGCAAGAUGCCUCACUGGCUCCGGGUGCUUGCCACAAGCAUGAUGGGCUGAGUUUGGUCCCCAGGAGCCACAUAUGGGAAGGGUAGAGCUGGCUCACAAGUAGCUCUGUUUCCUAGAAACAACUGUUUCUUCUGACCUCCACAAGUGCUGCAUGGCAUUCCUCUGCUUCCCACCCCAGCAAAGUAAAUGAAUAAAAUGUAAUUUUAAAAAGUGCAUUACCGUCCCAGCACUUGGGAGGCAGAGGCAGGCGGAUCUCUGUGAGUUUGAGACCAGCCUGGUCUACAGAGCUAGAUCCAGGACAGGCUCCAAAACCACAGAGAAACCCUGUCUCGAAAAACCAAAAAAAAAAAAAAAAAAAAAAAGUGCAUUACCAGGGGCUGGAGAGAUGGCUCAGAGGUUAAGAGCAUUGCCUGCUCUUCCAAAGGUCCUGAGUUCAAUUCCCACAGCAACCACAUGGUGGCUCACAACCAUCUGUAAUGAGGUCUGGUGCCUUCUUCUGGCCUGCAGGCAUACACACAGAAUAUUGUAUACAUAAUAAAUAUUUAAAAAAAAAAAGUGCAUUACCGGGCUGGAGAGAUGGCUCAGAGGUUAAGAACAUUGCCUGCUCUUCCAAAGGUCCUGAGUUCAAUUCCCAGCAACCACAUGGUGGUUCACAACCAUCUGUAAUGAGAUCUGGUGCCCUCUUCUGGCCUG